AUGCAACUCCAGUCCUCGGGAUGUGCGCGGGCCCUCCUGCCACGGCCGCCGAUUCGCAACCCUCUCAGUCGGAUCGCCCCAGACGGUCCCCGGCGGAGACCGGCGUCUGCGACCUACAUGGUGCCCGUAGGGAAUGAGGGGUCUGAGUAUAGACAGGGGAGACAGGAAGACUUUCUGUGUCCACGGCCGUCUACUCCGUCCGUCCUCGCCCCGCGCCACCAGCUCUCACGGCGGCGUUUCGAACAGAAAACCCUUUCUUUCCCGUCUGGUGUUACCCUUUCAAGCUCGGGAUCUUUGGCGGGAUCACCAAGCGCUUCGCGCGUCGGCAGGCGUGCCGGAAGAGGCACCCCUCACGCGGCGGAUCUGAACCUCUUCCGAAGCGCGCCCAUUUUCGACUCCAGCGAAGACCGGAUAAUCUGCAGACGCGGCUUGCACGCCCUAGCGGCCUUCCCUGUAGACCGACAAGGCGAGCCGUCCACCGCAGAUUCGUCCGGACGAGACCGCUCGGCGGCGCAUCCGCUCGAGGACGAGUGCACGCCCCCCUCGACUGGGCCUUCGGCUCUCACGCAGGAAACGAGCUAUUUCGAUGAAGGCGAAUACUCAGAUGAAGAAGACCUCCAGGAGAGGAGACGAAGGAUCGGCGUUGGACUGGCGCCAGGGGGUGUGGCAUCGCAUGCAUCCCGCUCGAGGGCCGCCGCCCCGCAUCCUAAUCUUCGCGCCUCUGCAGACCCUAGCCGGCGUGGGCCCUCGCCGCCCGCCUCUUCGCACGCGUAUGGGAUUUCUGAGAAGCUUGCAUCGCCUCCAUACCCGAGGGGCUGUUCAGCCUCUGCGGCGUCGUCAAAUGCGUGCUCCUCUGAUGAUGCUUCUCCUCGUAAGCUCAUCCCAGUCUCUGAGUACUGUAAGCUGCCAAGACGUUUUCUUCCGGGCCAGGAGGCAGAGGCGGCUUUCGAUUUGGCCGUCAAGUUCGAGGCGCUGGUGUCUCUCCGGUUGCCUCGCGUUCCCUCCACUGGAAACGACUAUCCCGCGGCCCUGGCGCACCUGCGCCCGCAUCCGGCGUGCUCGCCUUCGCGGCGUUGGGAGUCGGCGUGUUGUCGCGCAGAGUCGACGCUUCCCACGCCGGCCGGAUUCGGCAAGAUGUUGGGCGAGGCGAUUUCUAUCGCGAAAGCCAACGCAGACAUCCUUCCGGUGUCCGCUUUGCUCUCCAUCGCGCACGCAGCCGCGCGCUUGGGAGUCGAGAUCUACUCGUUUGCGUCGGCGCUGCGUCGCCGGGCGAUCGUUCUGCUGCCGGAGAUAAAGAAUCCUGCGGCGUUCGUUCGCCUACUCCAAGACCUUGAGAAACUCGGGGGGCUGGGAGACCGCCAUUUUGUGUUUUUUCGAGACAAAGUCAAGGAGACGCUGCAAGCCAGCUCGUCACGCUGUUCGCUCUUUGGGACCACCAUGAUCGUCCACUUACUUGCCCGCCACCGAUUGCGAGACGAGGAACUCCUCAUCCUCGCAUUCCGCAGAUUCGCGAGAAGCAGGCAAGCUCUUGCUGCGGCUGUGAGAGAUACGCCUUCACUCCUGGCGGCUCUGCCGCUGGCGCUCUCUCGACUCGAGGUCCCUACGCUGGCUGCCGCUGUGCUCGACAAUCUUCUCAGCGGGCAAGCGCCGGCUACGCUGAGUCAACUGUCUAUUCACGAGCUAUCGAACCUGGCCUAUGCGAUCACUUGCGUCUCGACUCACUCGCAAAUCAGCUACAGAAUAGGUCCGCUCCACGUCGAUGAUGGGGAAGUGCUUCAGUUUUUGCAGCUCGCCCGGGAGAAGCAACUCAUGAACCUGGUCCACGUUUCGCAGGUACAGAAACGCGUAGGCCGACUGCUCUUCGACGAGGGACUUUUCUCCCAGGUUUCCGUGGAGUUUCCUCUGGGGCCUUAUGUCUUGGACUUUGCUAUUCCGUCUCGCAGACUUGUAGUUGAAGUGGAUGGCGAAGCCCAUUUCUUCUUCGGCACGACGGCGCCGACCGCCCAAACUCGCAUGAAGCGCGAGUUGCUGACCGCUAUGGGGUGGAGCAUCGUCGUCGUCCCCCAGGAGCUCUGGAGGAAUAAGCGGAAGGGCAAAAUCAAAGAGUUCGUUGCAAGGAAAGUACGAGAGGGGCUGGAGCUUGAUACGUCGAAGCAGUAG